AUGGCGGCGGUGCGCGUCCCGCGGCGCGGCCCCUCCGUCCGCGGGCCUGCUCCUCCCGCUCCACGCGCACCUCGUCGUGUCGGGCCGCCUCGCCGCAUCCCCCGCCGUGAUCACGUCCCUCGUCUCCCUCUACGCUCGCGGCCCGGCCGCGCUGCACCCGGCCGUCCCGCUCCUCCUCCCCGCCUCCGCGCCGCCCCGCUGCCCUGCUUCAACGCCGCGCUCUCCCUGCCGCACGCGCUCGCGCUCCCGCUCUUCCGCCGCCUCCUCGCCGCGCACUCCCCCGACGCCUUCUCCUUCCCGCCCCUCUUCUCCUCGGCCCCCACCUCGCCGCACCUGCUCGCGCUCCAUGCACUCGCGCUCCGCUUCGGCCUCGCACACGACCUGUUCUGCGCCAGCGCUCUGCUCCGCCGGUGCCUGAGGUUCGGCCUCGCCGACCACGCGCACCGCCUGUUCGACGAAUUGAGGCACCGGGACGUCGUCGUGUGGAACUCCAUGCUCAAUGGGUUCGUCAAACUCGGGUGCUUUGACCGGGCUACAGAGUGCUUCAGGAAGAUGAGGGAGGAGGGUGGGGUGGAGAUCAGCAGCUUCACAGUCACCGCGAUCUUGUCCGUGUGUACAGCAACAGCCGAUUUGAGGCGCGGGGCUGCAGUACACGGGUUGUCGGUGAAGUCAGGAUUUGACAAGGAGGCAUCUGUGUGCAAUGCGUUGAUAGAUCUUUACGGGAAGUGCCACCAGGUGCACGAUGCAACCAUGGUGUUUGAGGGGCUGCCAGAUACUGACAAGGAUCUGUUCAGCUGGAACUCCAUGCUGUCAGCGCAUCAGUACUCGGUUGAUCACAUGGGGACGAUGAGGGUCUUUGCGAGGAUGAGACGUACUGCACUUUUGCCUGACGCAGUGACUGUUGCCGCUGUUCUCCCGGCAUGCGCGCAGACUGCAGCCCUGCAGGUUGGGAGGGAGGUGCAUGGAUACAUCGUGACGAGCGGACUGGCCUGUGAUGGAGCACUGGACGUGUUUGCUUGCAAUGCGCUGGCGGACAUCCACUCUGGGCUUCUCGAGGAAGGGAAGGGUUUCCUAAAGAGGAUGAAAGAGGAGUUUGGAUUGGAGCCACAGCUAGAGCACUAUGCGUGCGUCACCGACAUGCUUGGGCGAGCAGGGAGGUUGGAUGAAGCAAGAAAGGUAAUAGAAGAGGCUGUUGAUGUUGGUGCUGGUGCAUGGAGGACAUACCUUGCGGCAUGCCGGAUGCAUGGUGAUAAGGAGAGAGCACAAGAGGCAGCUAGGAUGUUGAUGAUGGCAGAGGAAUCAGGGAGCGGGGGGUGGGUUCUGCUCGCCAACACUUAUGGUUGGGACGGAAACUUUGAGGAGCUCAAAGAGGUGAGCCAGUAG